AUGUUGUCACCGGCAGAGCAGACACGAGAUGAGGGUGGAAAUACGGCAUUUUAUUGCACGGUUGUAGGAAACCCUUCCCCAGCCGAGGAAUGGCAAUUUAAGGGCACAAAGCUUCUGUCAGGUGCAAAAUAUCUGAUUAAAGAAGGAGAGUUGAUCGUUAGAAAUCUGAAUUACAGCGAUGCUGGACCGUACACAUGUGCUGCCAGGAACAUUCUUGGAUCGUCUGAAGCCACUGGCAACUUGACUGUUCGAGGUAAGAGGAACAUUUAACUUAGAGUUUUGUUAUAUCUGGCUGCGUGAUUUUGUAGGCUUCUUUGUGCUCUGAGAAUGCGAGAAUACGAGGUUUGAAUAUAAAAAUGGCACUGUUGUUUAGUCGUUUACUUUUAUCUCUUCCUUCAUUUUUUUCUUAUUUCUUAAGCAGUGUAUAACGCCAAACUUUAAAUUUACUCACUCAUACAACAACAACAACAACAACAUCAGCUUUAUUUGCAUGACUAUAAUUAUUUACUUACAGUAUUGCAAAAAGCUUUAACAUAAAGUUAAAAUUUAUAACAAUGAUAAUGCAAUGCAAUGAUUACUACAGUCAAUCAAGUGUCAUCAGCAUGAUUUGAUAAUAAAUUAGUGCGUAAAUCAUUACAUAGUGAGACAAAUGAUCAAGGACUAUAGAUUUCGCUCAUUAACACUAGGCUAGUAGUCACGAGAGUAGUUCAACGUUUGAUCUGAGCCAUACAAACAUAAAGACAAUAAAUAAUGUUAAAGAUAUUAAAACAUGACAGGAAUAUUUGGACCUUACAUGAACGCGAUGGCACACAACACCAUCCUUCUCCUCCUCUGCUUUUAGCUUAGACCACCCGGAGAGGUUACUUAGGUUAAUUUUUGCUAAAUAUGUGCCGCUGGUCUCUCAGAACUCCUACCCCAUUAUAUUCUAUGCAUGCUGGUCGAUCAUGUAUUGGCUCUAUUUUUAAUAGGUCUUCCAGUCUUCACGAAAAUUCCACCUUCAUUUGCAACACCAGUUCAAGGCACUACGUUUCAAGUAACAUGUAAAGCUGACGGAUAUCCUCGCCCCGCGAUAACCUGGACUAGAGUAGGAAUGCCUUUACCUGCUGGGAAGACUAGUAUAAACCAAGGCACACUUACGAUUAACAACUUGACUCCCGCUGACAACAGUUUUUACGUCUGCGUAGCUACUAACAUUAUGGGAACAAGGAAGUAA